AUGGUGAGGGCAUAUAAUAAAGAUGACUUCGAGAAUAAGAUAACCGAUAAUCUUAAUACAAUGCUUAUUGUAAGCGAAAACCCUAACAAUAAGGGUAAUAAACAUGCAAUUGUAAAAUAUUAUUCAUUUAAUUUAGAAAAUAUUAACCCGAAAGAAGGAAAUAAUAAAGAUGAUGAAGCAAAUUUUGAUCUGAAAGAAGGAAAAGAUAUAUAUAAUAAAGAAAACCAAGACAAAAGGAAAAGCAAUAAUAUAGAAAAGAGUGUAGCAAAAAAAAAUAAAAUAAGUAUAGUGGAGGAAAGUGAAAAUGAGUCUGAAGAAAACGUUGAAAAUGGCAAAUUAAUAAGAUAA